AUGUCCCACUCGAAGCGCAACACGUCAUUGGCCUUCUUCACCUCUCAUGAACGCUCUCUCCUCCGCUCAAGUUGGGGCACCCAGACAACUCGACUUACGCGCGACUCGUUUCUCCCCUUUGGAUAUUGCCGCCUAUGUCUCGGCUAUGCUAACGUUCCUGUGGCUUGCGGCGACGGGAACAACAACGGAACUCGAAAAGUCCAUCUCUUUUGCAGGGAAUGUGCAUUGAACGACCUCAUGGCUCAGAGGAAAGAGAUCAAACGGCUAGAGAGGGAAGCCGAAACGAGAGAGAAGGAGGAGCGCGAGGAGAAAGCGAGGGGGGAGGAAGAGAGGAAGAAAAGAGAGUUGGAAAUGUUUGAGAGGACUGCAAUGGGUUUUGCAGACGAUGGCGUUGAAUUCAUGGGAAGAAAAAGGAAGAGGGAAGCCGAAGAGUCGCAUACUCAUCGGUCUGAGACGCAGACCAACGGCACUGAAAGCAAUGAAAAGACCAAGAAGACAAAAUCCUCCGAAGCGAGUUUCUGGAUCCCAGGCUCUGAUAGCCUCUCCGCAUCGACGGCUACGGCUUCCAAAUCUAAACAACAAAAGCUUCAUCCACUAUGCCCCGCAUCCACACCGGGGGACAAACACAAUUACUCGCUGAAAUCACUCAUCACGGUCGAUUUUGCAGAGAUCGCCCCGGAGAAGGGUUCGGGCGCGAAGGCGGACGAGCCGACGAGGAUAUGUCCAAGCUGCAAGAAAGCCCUAAACAACACAUCACGACCAAUGUUGGGAACAGCAGAUGGUUGUGGCCAUGUCAUCUGCGGCGCCUGUGCUGACUUGUUUCUGUUGGGUUCCGGUUCCAACAACGGUGUAUCGUCGAAAGGGGCCGAAGGGACCAAAGCAAGCAUUCUCUGCUAUGUCUGCGAAGCGGAUCUGAGCGGGACGUCGUCCAAGACUGGAGAGAAUGAGGAGAAGGGGGGCAAGGAGAAGAAGCACAAACAUAGGGAGGGAAAGGAAAACAGUCGAAAAGUGGGCAGCUUGGUCGAGAUCAGUUGUGAAGGCACAGGUUUCGCUGGCGGGGGGUCGAAUGUGGCGAAGCGGGAGGGCGUGGCAUUUCAGUGCUGA